GGGGCGGCGCCGCAUCUGGGGCGAGGAGGCGGACGCGCGCGCCGCCGACAUGGGCCGCGAGCCGGCGUCGUUCCAGGACUUUUUCUACAUCUACGGCGGCGAGCAGCUGGCGGAGGAGGUGACGCACCUGGCCAACGAGUGCGCGCACCUGUGCAACAAGUCCAGGUCCAAACUGGAAGCCGACCAGCAGCAAGCCCUGGACGAGGUCCUCGCCCGGCUGGGGCCCUACUUCAACGACCCCGCCAUGCUGGGCCUGCCGCAACCCUCAACCGCCUCCACCUCCGAUACUGCGGAUGCUGCCGGCGUUUCAGCUUCCGGAGCGGUUUCGGAGCUGCCGUUGCCUGAUCUGGAUCUGGCUGAGGGCAGUCGCGAGGCGGCGGAGCGGUUGGGAGUUAUGUACGACCCCAUCGGCUACCUGUGCCAGGACAGCCAGUCGCGAUCUGAGGCCUUCCUGCUGCAGAUCCGGGAGGCUGCGGCUGCGGCUAAGGGGGACAGGAGCGGUGAGGCCUCUGCCUCACAUGCCGAGGGGGAGGCCCUGAAGCAGCCGCUGCUGGCGCCUGAGGAGGGGCAAUCUCUGGAGGGCGGCGAGGAUGCGCGGCUGUCGGCAGCGGCGGCGGCGCAGCAGCAGCCUCCUGCUCCCGCAGUUCCGGAGCUGCUUGCGGCCUUCCGUGGCCACUUCACCAAGCGCGUGGCGGAGGUGACGACGGCACAGCUGCAGCUGAUGCUGAACUUGGGGGCAAGUCUGGCGGCACCCGCGAGGACUGGCAGGCCGGCCGUGGACGGCAUCUCCUGGCCUGACAGCAGCGAGCAGCAGGCGGCGCUGCUGGCGGGGGAGGCGCGGCGCAUGGUGGCAGACCUGCAGACCGUCACCGACGCCUACCUCGCCACGGUCGCCGCACUGCGCACCCAGAAGCAGGAGGAGCAAGGCGGCGCCGUGGAGGGCGGUGUGGCGUCGUCUAUGUUCUUGGGCGUGGAUGAGGCGGCUUUGGAGGAGAUGGAGGCCUCCCUGCGGGUGUACGCCGAGUCGGCGAGUGCGUCGAUCAAGGCGGGGUACAAGGGGCUGUUGUACGCGGUGUUGCUGCGCAGCCUGGUGACCCGGGUUGCACAGCAGCAGCAGGAGGAGGAAGAGGGGGAGCAGGAGGAGAAGGUAGACGCGGAGGAUGUGGUCAUGGAGGUGCAGCGCGCUGCACAGUAGUGGUACUAGUGGAUGCAUUUUAGAUGCCGUGCUCUAGCAUCAGAGUUGCGGCUGUCGUGGAUUUGUGGGUGUAAUAUUCUUUGUACAGCACAGCACUGGGAAGGCAUGGUAUAAAGUGGGGGACUAGGUGAAGGAUGUACGCUAGCCUCGUCCUGUUGUAGUCGGGGGUUUAGAUCCCGACACUCCGACUCUUUGCAUGUUUAUCGUGUGCAGCGUUCUAUAAAUGCUUUUCGGAGCUUUCUUGUAACCUCAAAAGGCUCUAAUUGCUUAUGUCACGAAGGCCACAACGCACGAGAGAGGGAAUCUUGAUGCCUUGGCAGUAACAAGGCUGGGCAGUAACUCCGACUUGUUUGGCAGCGGCAACAGGGCAAGGCAACCACAGGCUUUGCGCCAUCAUCGCCGCGCGCAUGUC